CGGGAAGAACCCCGAUGGAGCCAGCCGUGGAAUCGGGGCCCGUCGGGGCCCAGGCCUCCAAGCAGGCCAAAGAAGGGGCGAAGAGCCGCAGUCGCAGGCGGUGGCGAAAAGGCAAGGUCAAAGCCUCCGUGUUCUCACACAGCAUGGAUCUGCGCACAAUGACCCAGUCGCUGGUGACACUCGCCGAAGACAACAUGGCUUUCUUCGCAAGCCAAGGCCCAGGAGAGACAGCACGGCGGCUGUCCAACGUCUUUGCAGGUGUUCGGGAACAGGCACUGGGGCUGGAACCAACCCUAGGCCACCUGCUGAGCGUGGCCCACCACUUUGACCUGGACCCAGAAACCCCAGCCAAUGGAUACCGUAGCUUGGUGCACACAGCCCGCUGCUGCCUGGCACACCUACUACACAAAUCCCGCUAUGUGGCCUCGAACCGCCGGAGUAUCUUUUUCCGGGCCAGCCACAACCUCUCCGAGCUGGAGGCCUACCUGGCUGCCCUCACGCAGCUCCGUGCUCUGGCCUACUACGCCCAGCGCCUGCUGGUCAUCAACCGACCAGGGGUGCUGUUCUUUGACGGUGAUGAAGGACUCACUGCUGACUUCCUGCAAGAGUAUGUCACGCUGCAUAAAGGCUGCUUCUAUGGCCGCUGCCUGGGCUUCCAGUUCACGCCUGCCAUCCGGCCGUUCCUGCAGACUCUCUCCAUUGGGCUGGUGUCCUUCGGGGAGCACUACAAACGCAACGAGACAGGCCUCGGUGUGACUGCCAGUUCCCUCUUUACCGGAGGCCGGUUCGCCAUAGACCCAGAGUUGCGUGGGGCUGAGUUUGAACGAAUCAUCCAGAACCUGGAUGUGCACUUCUGGAAAGCUUUCUGGAACAUCACUGAGAUCGAGGUGCUGUCGUCCCUGGCCAACAUGGCUUCAACCACUGUGAGGGUGAGCCGCCUGCUGAGCCUGCCACCUGAGGCCUUUGAGAUGCCGCUAACCUCUGACCCCUCACUCACAGUUACCAUCUCACCUCCCUUGGCACACACAGGACCGGGGCCUGUGCUAGCCAGGCUCAUCUCCUAUGACCUGCGGGAAGGACAGGACAGCAAGAUGCUCAACAGUCUGGUGAAAUCUGAGGGCCCACGCCUGGAGCUGCGCCCAAGGCCCCACCAAGUACCCCGUUCCCGGGCUCUGGUUGUCCACAUCCACGGCGGUGGCUUUGUGGCCCAGACCUCCAAAUCCCAUGAGCCCUACCUCAAAACCUGGGCCCAGGAGCUGGGUGUACCAAUCAUCUCCAUCGACUAUUCGCUGGCCCCUGAGGCUCCCUUCCCCCGGGCGCUGGAGGAGUGUUUUUUUGCCUACUGCUGGGCUGUCAAGCAUUGUGCCCUGCUCGGUUCAACAGGAGAGCGGAUAUGCCUUGCAGGGGACAGUGCAGGUGGGAAUCUCUGCAUCACUGUGUCCCUUCGGGCAGCAGCCUACGGAGUGAGGGUGCCAGAUGGCAUCAUGGCAGCCUACCCAGUUACCACCCUCCAGCCCUCCGCCUCACCCUCUCGUCUGCUGAGCCUCAUGGACCCACUUCUCCCACUGAGUGUACUCUCUAAGUGUGUCAGUGCCUAUUCAGGCACAGAGACAGAGGACCACACUGACUCAGACCAGGAGGCGCUAGGCAUGAUGGGGCUGGUGCAGAGGGACACAUCCCUGUUCCUUAGAGACCUCCGCCUGGGUGCCUCCUCGUGGCUCAACUCCUUCCUGGAGCUAAGCGGACGCAAGGCCCACAAGUCCUCAGUGCCCACAGCAGAGCCAGUGCGCCCCACGGAGUCCAUGCGCAGGAGUGUGUCUGAGGCAGCCCUGGCCCAGCCCGAGGCCUUCCUGGGCACAAAUCCCCUGAAGACCCUGACAAGAAAGGACUUCAGCUUUAAGGGCAACUCAGAGUCUUCAGACACCCCCGAGCUGUCGUUGUCAAUGGAGACACUUGGCCCCUCCACACCCUCCGAUGUCAACUUCUUUCUGCGGCCUGAGAGUUCCCAGGAAGAGGCUGAAGCCGUGAGCAAAGCCUCCAGCGUGAGCGCCGCCUUCCCCGAUGGUUUCCGCCCGCGGCGCUCAAGCCAAGGCGUCUUCCGCAUGCCCCUCUACUCCGCACCCAUAGUCAAGAACCCCUUCAUGUCUCCUCUGCUGGCCCCCGACAGCAUGCUGAAGACCCUGCCGCCUGUGCACCUUGUGGCGUGCGCCCUGGACCCCAUGCUGGACGACUCGGUCAUGUUCGCGCGGCGACUGCGCGACCUGGGCCAGCCCGUGACGCUGAACGUGGUGGAGGAUCUGCCGCACGGCUUCCUGAGCCUGGCCGCGCUGUGCCGCGAGACUCGGCAGGCCGCGCAGUUGUGCGUGCAGCGCAUCCGUCUGGUCCUCACCCCGCCUGAUGCCCCGCUGAUCUGAGGAGCUGGGGACGGCGCGGGGGUGGGGGGUGGGG